AUGACAUUGACUCCAAGCUCAUUAGCCUUGGUCACCUUGCUGGUCAACUUGGAGGAUUUUGUUAAGAAAGCCGUUAAGAAUGCUAUUAUCGCUGUAAUUAACAGUAAUGAAGAGCUUAAACAUCUUUACUCUUCUUAUGUUACUAACCUUUCUGAGUCUGUCAAGUCUGCUGGCCAGGCUGAUGGCACCGGUGAAAUUGAGAAGCUUAGUAAGCAAGUUAGUCAGGAAAUUGAUGACAUAAAUAGACUACUUAGUAAGCCUAAUAACCUUCAUUAUAACUCUCUUUCUUCCCCCUCUCCCUCUGCUGAGCUAGCCAAAUUGCAGUCCAAGUUGGAGGCUUUGAAGAAAGUGGAGAAGCUUUGUGGAUUUUUGACUAAUCUUAAUACUAAACAAAAUGAGCCUAAAAAUCUCCUUGUUAAUUUAUGUGACGGUCUUCAGACUUUUCUUGGCUUCAAUCCAUCCUCCAAAGGCUACACUGGUGAUGGGAUUGUGUACUCCGACCUUGACAGGCUGUGUGACGGGGUGAUGGGAUUUUUGAGUGGUGUUCUCAGCAACAUCAAAGAGCAUUUAGGGCAGCAUAAAGAGACAAUUACACCUGUAAUUAAGAUACUUAACACCAAUAAACACGGCGGUAAAAAAGGUUUUAAUGCUGCGAUUGGAAGUGUGGUCGCAGGGGUGGGGAGGUAUAAUGAUGGUGUUAGAAAAAGUAAUUUGAAAGUAAGGAAACAAAUAGAAAAUUUCGAAAGAGAAAUUAACACGCUAAAAAUGAAAAUAAAUGACAUAAAUGAAAAUAUCGAUAUACGUUUUCAUUCAGAAGCCGAGAAGGCAGAAAAGUCCGUCAGAAAUGCGUCGUCAAAUUGUCAACAGUAUGCUGCGACGUUUAAUGAGACUUUCAAUCUGAAGACGAAAACAGAGAUGAAAAAUGAUAUUAAUGAUUUGAAUCAUCCGCUGUCACUCAAAGUAAUAAAAGCUGUAGGCUUCGUCAAAGAUGAAAGUGAGAGAUUCAAGAAGUUGUCAGAUAAGGAAAGCAGAGACUUUGAUACUAUGAAGUCUAGGAUCGAGAGUGUCUGUACGGAUCAUGGAAAAAAAGUUAAUGCGCAUAUAUGUAAGGAAGUGACUGAACUUGUCACGAAGUUGCGGAUGUUGGUCCGGGCAAUUUUGGAUGAGCUGAAAAAAAUUGAAAAAAACUUGUUCGAGUAUGUGCAGGAUCUGACUAAAUGGAUUGAGCAGGCAAACACUGCCGUGGAAGCGGCGUUAGAAAAGGUUCAUAUAAUCAUUACUGCAGUUAGCGAAGACUCUGUCUUCAGCAAUGUCAAGCCGAUUAAGAAAGCUGCCCAAGAGCUGUACGACCGAGCAUUCGAGUUAUUCGAUGCUGGGAACAAGGCCAACAAAGCAGCUGACGAGCACGUAAAAGCAGCGCUUGCGCAGGUGAAAGAGAUGGACGGAAAGCUCAAGGAGGAUUUGUUUAAGGUCAAGACGGCAAUAAGAAGUGCGGUCAAUGGAAUAAAUGCGAAGAUUACGGCACUUGGGAAUAAGUUUACUUCCAUCACGAAAGGUGAUAGUAUAGAAGGAAUUGUUGAACAUAUUAGGAAUACAAUAAAUGGAAUUCACGGAGGUACACGAGGUGACACCGGUCUCGGGGCCAUAAAACAAAUAAUAAAGACGUAUGUUUCAAAAAGUUACACCGGCGAUCAGUUCGCUGCUAAAGUGGCAGCGUGGGUUGGUGAAAUUGUAAUUAGCGAUGCUAUUAAUGGAAAGCUGAAGGUUUAUGUCAACGAGAACACGGGAAGGAAUAAUAAUUAUUUCAAAAAUACCACAACCACAAAAUCGGUAACGGAAAAGCUGCAGAAAAUGCUGAUUGAAGAGAUUAAGAAACUAUUCGCUGAGCCUCGUUUCACAGAUGAUAGCGUUGAAUCUCGUUUGAAAGUUAUUCAGCAGAACGUAAAAGCGUUCGGCAGCAGUCUACUUUCAAGUGUUGAUAGCAAACUUCCAACAAUAGUUCAGGCAAUGGAAGACGAUGAAGAGUUGAAACAUGAAGCGAAAUCCGAUACUGCGGUUCAUAUUAAACGCAACUUACAAGACGCUGUAACGUCCACGUUUAAACAACUUGCUUUAAGAUCCACCACAGCUGCAAUGGAGCUUAAUUCGCUUCUGCUGGAACCAAGGUUUAAAGGGAAGGCUCAAACUAGCGCCUCAGCAUACCUGGACAAUGCACUUCGUGUAGCUGAUGAGCUUUACGAAAACCUCAAAGUAGCACUCAGAGAUAAAUCCGACCGAGACCAAAACCACGCCAAAGCCGUCGACAACGCGAUCACGGAAGUAACGAAUGUGUUAAAAAAUCAAAUGCCCGAGGAAAGUGCUCCCAAGCAAGGCAGCCAUGUGAAACUUGAAGGAGCGCCAAGUUUCACCCAAUACAAUAGUUUCGUCGACCAAACAGAGGACAAACUUGCCGCCCUCUCCAAUCCUGACUUCAACACCAUCAAAGAAGCAGGCACCCUCCCCGCGGCGAUCGGUGAGAUUCAGAGGGGAGUGGAAGCGGCAUUAUCAGAGAUCGGAAUAAUUAAUGGCAAAGUUCAGGAUCAGUUCAAUACAUUAACAUCAGAUUUUCAGCAGCUUUGUGAAGCCGUCAUGAAAGCGGCGAGAGAUGAUAAGGAUAACGCUAAGACAAUCUUGGAAAAGUUGAAAAAUACCUACUUUAAGCAUUACGACAUUAAGAAAAAGGAUGCAGAAGAUAGCAUAAAGAAAAUCAAGCAUGACCUUGAAACAUUGCGAGCAGGUCCGGUGACUCGAGCCUUGACUUUUGGCGAGCAGUUCCUCAAACCUGAAGCAGAUAAAUUGCGCGACGAAACCACCGAAAAACUUAAACAGCAAAUCGACGAAGAAGUAGCGAAAGCGAAAAAGGAGCUCACAACACGAGCCCGGAUAGAUUACGUUUCCACUAUGAAGAUGCUACUCCUGCAUUAUGAGGACAGGGUCACUAAGGAACUCACUGGCAUUCGGCAGGAAAUUAGCGACGACCUGAUUACGGGCUUCAAGGGUUUCAUGGGAACGUUUGCUGGUGAAAAUGGCAGAACAGUUUCCGAUGUCAAUAUAGAGAAGCUUAAAAGUGUUGCAACAACUAUGUCCUCGACUAAAUACGAUCCCAAGCAAUUCACAGAUUUGGCCAAGCAGUUCCAGUCAUUCUGGCAUCCACUCAACACGUACCUCAAAAAAGAGAUCAAACGAGCCCACGCAGCGAAUAACGAGAAAACCAAUCCCGAGCCCACCGACGUAGAAAAAUUGUACACUUCCAAGAUUGAUUCCGUUACUAACGAACUAAACAUUCUGCUAAACCAUCUUCGUGAACAUAAUAGGUACGACAAUAAGAUGCCUGAGAUGCUCGACAUCCUCUCCACGGAGGUCGAUGGUCUCCACCCUGAGUCAUUUUCUGAGCCGAGCACUCCGCUGCUUGACGGUAUAAGUAAGGGGCUGGGUAAGUUUGCGGCUGAGCUUAGUAAGACAUAUUUAAACGCGUACGACGGAGCUUCGGAUGGCAUGGUAUUGGUCGACGCAAGAAAUGAUAAAGUGACCGAUGAUGGCAACAAGUGCGCUAAAGUGUGCCUGUCGCUGCUCUCCAUCCUGUAUUCCGAGUUCAAGACUUUACUGAAGUACUGCGUUGCAAGGUGUAAAAGCGAUCAAAUAAACAUAAACACAGAGCUCGGAAAAUAUUUCGCCACUCAAGGCUACAAAGUUACCGAGGACGGGAAGAAGCACUGGGAGCUGCAGGACAGUAAAGGCAUGACAGGAUUAUUCAUCUGCAAACGUAUGUUCGGGAAAGAUGAACACCACUUGUAUUACAUUGAUAAAUCUAAGCAAAACGCACUGGAUACACUGCACGACUGUCUCCAAACAUAUUAUCAAGUCAGCCACAUCGCCACCUUCUCUGCGAGGAAACGUCCAUGUAACAUAUUCGAGAUGCUGUGCUGGGUGUCCGGGCUACCGUGCAAUAACGUGUAUCAAGAUAUGUUGGAUGACGCUAUCAGUGAACUAUUCGUCGAUCCAAGUAAACAGCCCGAAGACGCCGAUGGUAUUCCCGUCACAUACAUCAGCGACGAACCCCUGCCAGCGUAUCCACAAAACAUAGCGAUGGACGAUACUCAGCGCGCAGUGAAACGCCUGUGUUCCAGAUCCCACGAUAUUCUCACAACAAUCGCUGGAACCGGGGACGCGUACUCCAUGUACGCCGUUGACUACUCGACCAAUUCGCUGAACUUUCACUACCCAUCCAAGGGCGAAGAUUGCCUUCAGAUGCUAUUGGACAUUCUUCGCAGACUACUACCCUCACUUAAAUUUUUGCAUACUCAAUGCGGCCUAAGCUCUGCAUACCACGGCUGGUCCGGCUGUCAGUACGGCAGAGGAGUCAAACACUCCAAUUGGCAAUGCGGUGAACACCCCGCCAACGAGUCAACCGAUUGCCUACCUAGAUCACCGCUGAUGUCGUAUCUUCGCGACAGCCUACCCGGGUGCCUGCCUCACCAGUUGGUUUCAGCGGGGUGUAAGUCCGAGUGUAAAACGUGUCCCAAAAGCCUACCCGGUGCGCCAUGUAUAACACCACUUGGCUUUAGGGGUUUCUCGGGAAGCACGAAGACAGGUAAGGACAUAUGUACCGUGCUGACCAAAUUCUUCGACAAUUCGAAUAUUAACGCGCUCUUCGGUCUGCUGCCCAAGCCGCCAUCUACAUUGCCCGAACACUUCCAAUUUGCGUUGACGUUAAGUAGUAUGUUAGAUAAUGCUAACGCCGCUAGUGAUGUCAGCUUAGCUUUUGUAACGAAAACGAAAGCGCUGUCCAUCGAUCUAUACAAAGAGACAAGCAAACUCACAGGUGCGCUGCAGAAUGCAUAUCGCAACCAAGCAGGCCACACCAGCUCAGACCAUUCCAAAUCUACGGAGGCUGACUUGUCGAGCCUGUCGAAAGAUUCGUGCAAUCUACCUCAUGAGAGGGAUAUUCACUGCGCUCCCUACCUCUGCUCCACAUCUUCAGAUGCGUACACGUACCUCGCCAAAAAGCACGCUGAUCUUUACCUCUCAUGGGCUGUAUAUCUACCGUGGACAUUCUACAGUUACCUGAAAUCAUUGCUCGAUGCGUUCCAGCAGAUUGAUUGUGGAGGCUCCGGUUGUACGAAAUGUUCGUGCAAGCCGGGUAAGCAUGGUGUCGAAUACAGCUGCAAGUGCAAGGCACUGAUAAGCUGUCGUGGAGUGAUGACUACGUUCUACCAGUACGGGUUCACUUUUGGCGACGCAAAAACGCUGUAUGGAACUAACAGGAAAUUCUGCCUUAGUUUCAGUACACAGCUGAGUAAUCUGCUGAAAUCGCAACACUUCACCAAAUUAUUUGAAGAAUGUGACAACUUCAUUUGGACAAUCAGAGAACCGUUCACCUAUCUAGUCCUCGCGCUCUGGUCACUCUCCCUUUUCUACCUCGUUUGCGUAAUGGUUGGCAGACUGGAUGUGCUCCAUAUCAAAUCGCACUUACGAUCACCAUCAUCGCACAAGAUUACUGCUCAAUCAUUGUUGGCGGCGGCGCAAGUCGGAAGGCUUGCCAAGAUAUCGUACCUGCAGCCGUGA